UUCUCUAGAAAAGAAGCAAACGAGUUCUUGAAAGAAAGCAAAGCAAAGCAAAGUUGUGAGAGACGACAUAAAUCACGUUCAGACCACAAAUUUCAAAAAGCAAAGCAUCUUCUGUUUGCCUUUAAUUCCACAAAAAAAAAAAAAAGAAAAAAGAAAAAGAAAAAUAAAAAUAAAAAUGAACAAUUCCUCCAAGCAACACCCUAACCAAUAGCUACAUUUUCCACCUGGUGGGGGGCGAAAACCCCAUUUUUCAAACCUUCAAUCAUGCCGGAAUCUGAUAAUACUUAUCCCAAGGAUCAGUACUCGCCGCAGCCACAAAGGAACUCCUCCUCCGGCGGCGGCGGCGGCGGCGGCGGAUCUUCCUCCACCACCAGCGUCCACGUCACCGCCCUAGACGGCCUGGUGAACGUAAACUCCCUAUUCACAAUCGCCGUCUUCGUCGGACUCUCCCUCACCACACCGGGGCAGCACAGCCUCGAAAACCCCUCCGCCUGCGACGCCGGCGUCGACGUGGCCAAAAAGCUCCUCGUAUUCGAGGUCGUCUCCUUCAGCUUCUUCCUCUUCUCCUCCCUGGUUGCGCAGGGCCUCAAAUUGGCCAUCAAUUUGCUCAACAGCAAAGAUGUGGACGAGAUAUUUAGGGCUCACAUCAAUCUGAAGGUGCUCAGGUUCGGAAUGCUAGCCUCCGCCGUAGGCUCGGUGAUGGGCUGCCUCUUCCUUAUGCUGUCGAUGGUGAGCGUGAUCGAGAUCAGGCUCGGGAUGCUGUCGUGCGGGAGCAGAUCGACCGUGCACGCGGUGACGGCUUUGAUUGUCCUGGUGACCUCUGCUCUUCUCGUUUAUAUUUCGACCGCUGUUUAUGCUUUUCUCCAUUGAUGAAUUUGCUGCUGUUUGGAAUUUCAUUGAAAUUCGUGUUGUAUGCUGCAUUGGAGAUGUUGUGUUGAGGCUUAUCUUAAAAAAUCUAAUGAAAAUUCAUCUUAUGUGAUUAGGUGGGGAAAACUAAGGUUUUGGUGAAAUGCGACUUGUGUACUAAUUUGACAACGACGAUGACUUUUUGUUCGUCUGUAUGAAUAUCUAACUUAAUUUUGUUAUGGAUGAUAGGUUUUAUGGGUGUAAUGUAAGUUAAGGUGUUUGGGUGUUUUAUCGGGGAAAAAUGCAGCUUUUCGGUAAGUGUUGGAUUAAUGUUUGGGGAAUAUUGAUAAGAUUGAUUGAAUUGGAUAGGAUUACAUUUUGGGAUUUAGGAUUAUCCAAUCCUUGAU